CAUCGAAGUUUAUGGUUUUAGGCAGACCUGGUAGAAAUGAAAGAAAUACAAAAGUCAUUGGCAAUUUUUUGUAUAGCAACAUAUGGUGAGGGAGACCCAACAGAUAAUGCUAUGGAUUUCUACGAAUGGCUUCAAAAUGGUGACGCCGACCUAGAAGGAUUAAAUUAUGCAGUAUUUGGAUUAGGAAAUAAGACUUAUGAGCACUAUAACGAAAUUGCUAUUUACAUUGAUCAACGUUUGGAAGAAUUGGGUGCUACUAGAGUUCAUGAAAUUGGUCUAGGAGAUGAUGACGCCAA